AUGACAAGUGAAAAUAAAAGAGUUUAUUUUGAUAUUGAAAUUGGUGGUAAUAAAGUUGGUAGAAUUGUUAUGGAAUUAUUCUUUGAUAAAACACCAAAGACAGCAGAAAAUUUCAGAGCAUUAUGUACUGGUGAAAAAGGUAUUGGAAAGAAUGGUAAACCAUUAUCUUAUAAAGGUUCAGGUUUUCAUCGUGUUAUUAAACAAUUUAUGAUUCAAGGUGGUGAUUUUACAGCUGGUAAUGGUACUGGUGGUGAAUCAAUUUAUGGUGAAAAAUUUGAUGAUGAAAAUUUCAUUGCAAAACAUACUAAAGCUGGUCUUUUAAGUAUGGCAAAUUCAGGUCCAGGUACAAAUGGUAGUCAAUUCUUUAUUACUACAAUUAGUACACCACAUUUAGAUAAUAAACAUGUUGUAUUUGGUAAAGUUAUUAAAGGAAUGAGUGUUGUUAGAGAAAUUGAAAGUCAACCAACAGGAGCAAAUGAUAAACCAAUUAAAGAUUGUAUUAUUAUGGAUUGUGGUGAAUUAAAAGAAGGUGAAGAUGACGGUGUACCAGAGAAAACUGGUGAUGACAAAUGGGAAGAUUAUCCACAAGAUGAUAAUGUUGAAGGUAAUGAAGCAAACUUAAAAGUUGGUGAAGCCAUUAAAAACAUUGGUAAUGAUUAUUUUAAACAAGGUAAAUCAUUAGAAGCCAUAGCCAAAUACAAUAAAGCAUUAAGAUAUUUAGAUUGUUGUAGUAAUAUCGAUGGUUUAAAGAAUGUUCAAACCAUUUGUUAUAAUAAUAUGUCACAAUGUUAUUUAAAGGAAAAAAAAGGUUCCAAUGCUUUGGUAGCUGCAAAAAAAGCAUUAGAAUUAUCACCAAAUGAUAUUAAAGCACUCUUUAGAAAAGCUAAAGCUUUAUCUUUAAUGGAGGAAUAUGAUGAAGCUAUCAAAGAUUUCCAAAAAAUCAUUGAAACCGAUUCCGAGAAUAAAGAUGCAAAACUUGAAUUAGAAAGAAUUAAAAAAUUACAAAAAGCAAAAGAUCUUAAAAGUGCCAAAGCUUAUUCAAAACUUUUUUCUGAUGAUGAUUAG